AAACUGCUCAAACGUAGUAGGAAUCUCGUGAGAACAAGAUGGCGACAAUUUUUACAAAUUCGCGAAUCAUUACCAAGAUAAAUGGGUUUUAUAUAAAGAAAUUUGGCGCCAAUUUUUGCAGCCCGACUCCAUUUUGAACUCAACUGCGUCAUCACGUGUUCUUUUGUCAAGUUAUUGAAUAGAUCAUCACAUGUUUACAAGUAUUGCAUUUCUACAUAAAUAUGUGCAUCCUAUGACUGUACACUGGUAAUGCACAUCGUAAACAUAACCUUUACACGAUCCACAUGGUCACUACAAUGGAGUCUAAUUCAGUAGAUAAUUCAGAAGAAAAUAAAUCAAUUAAAAUAAAUCCAUAUAUUUUAGAUUCUUUUUCUAAAUUCACUGCUGAUAAUGAAAAUGUAAGACAAAAAGGAGCGAUUGGUGUUUUAAGGAACUUAUCACAUGCAGAAAAUAUUGAUGUAAAUAGCAAAAAUCACCGAUACUCAUUGAAACGUUUGAUUCGUGGACUAGGAUCUUCGCAGAUGACAUCGAAGAAAGGGUUUUACAUAAGUUUUACAGCAUAUCUCACACUCCAUUCCGAUGCAAAUAUUGAUAAUCUUCUACAGAUUGUAGAAACAGAAUUGAAACCAUCGAAUAGUUUUUCAAAAAGUGAGAAUGCUGACAUAUACAUGGGUAGAAUUUUAUUUUGUGGAUCACUAAUGAGGUCUAAAUUACUAAUGGAUUCUAAUGCUGAAACACAAUCGAGAAUUAUCGAAAUUUUAUUAAGUGCUGGCACACAACGAAGUUACUUAUCAUAUGUAUCAAUAUCGUUUUUAGUCGAUUUUAUAGAUAAUCUUGACGAAAAGUCUAUGAAAGUUAAUGUCUGGCCUAUUCUUUCUAAAGAAUUGACCAAAACAUGGACAGAACAUUCUCUUGAUACAUUUUAUGCAUUGCUAUUUAUUGAUAAUAAGUUUCCAACAUUAAUUGAUAAAAAAUUUAUCAAGUCAACUUUGGGAACUGAAACUAUUUUUGACAAGGAAACAAUACCUGUUAUGUUGAAGUUAAUUACAGAUUUGCCGCGGAUUGUAUCGUAUAAACAUCCAAUACAUAAGCUAAUUUGUGAAAAAUUAGCAUCAACUGAUUAUCUUUUGGAUUUUUGGAUGGGUAUUGAUCAGAGGUUCGUCAAAACAUCUAUAACCAUUGAAUAUUUAGGUCUUGAGUUAUUGAAUCACAUUCUUCCGAAUAUUAAAGAUAAACAUUUGCUACCAUCACUCUUAUCAAGUAAUUUUCUGAGCCACAUGUUGAAGAGAUUCAAUACUUCUAAAUUAUUUCAUAAAGAUGACAUUGCUAAUUUGUUUAGAAGUGUAUUAACUAAAUAUGUUGAAGCGCUUAACGAUGAAGCGAUUGAAACAAAAGUUCAAGUGGAAGUGAUAAAAAAAUUAAUUUACUAUCCAGGAGAUUUGAUGGUAGAAAGAAUAACAGGUAUUAAAAUACUUCAAAUGAUAAUAAAAAAUAUGAAUGCAACUGGAGUGAAAAAAGUCGCAAAAAUUUUCAGUGCAAUCGUAGAAAAUACUAAGCUCAGAAAAAUAGAAAAUGAAGAAAGGUCUUGGAGUAAUGGUGAAAGGGCUUAUGCAUGCCAAAUGUUAAUUAAAUUAUUAGACCAUUCAGCAAUGACUGCCGAGUAUAACUGGAAACUCAAUCAACUGAUAUUUUUAUUCAAGUUAGGUUUUUGUGAGAUUGAUGGUAUUGAUUCAAACUUGGCUGUUACUUUUGAAGGAUGUCUUUAUAAUGCUCUUGAUCAUAAACGUAUGAAGCUAGAGGAUUUAAAGAAAAUAUUGAAUGAGUUGAUUUCUCAUUUGAAUGAUAUGUUAUUUAUAAAUAAGAGUGAGACAUUAAGGAAACCAUUAAAUAAAUCAUCUACAGAAGCUUGGGAAAAAAUGAUAAGUUUCAUUAGCAAAACAGAUCAUAAUAAUAAAAACAAAGAAAUUGUAAUAAUAUUUCAGAUCACGGCUUUAAUUAUGGGAUUAUUUAUAUUUUCUGAUCCAGAAAUGGCUAUUUCAGUAAUUAAUGAAGUCCAUAGCUGUUUUGAAAGGUUCAACAAUAAAAAAUCAUUGAAAGGAACGAAAAAACAGAAGGAACCGAAAUGGGUUGAUGUGAUUAUUGAUCUUUUUUUGUCAUUACUCUCUAAAAAUAGUCAUUUAUUACGAUCACUUAUACAAUGCGUUUUUCCUCAUAUAUGUUCGAUGCUAACAGCAACUGCUAUUCAUCAUAUAUUAGAAGUACUUGAUCCAUCAAAUGAACAGGAUUUAUUGAUUUCAGAAGAUCAACAAAAUGAUAAUUUGUCAAAUAGUGAAUCGGAUAGUGAUGAUGAAGAUCAUAAAAAUAAAGUAAACAAAAAAACUAAAAGUAAAAAACACGAAAAUGAAGAUAAUACUGAAGAUGAAGAAGACGAAGACGAAAAUGAAGAUGCAGAUGAUGAUGAUGAUGAAGACGAUGAUGAUGAUGAUGAUGAAAUGAGUGAAGACAAUGAAGAUGAAACACUAAAUGAAAAAUUAAGAAUAGCUGUAAGUCAGGCUUUAGGUGAUACUGCCUUUCAAAAUGAAGAGGAGGAUAUUGAUAUUGAUGAGAUUGAUGAAGAAGAAGGUAAACGACUUGAUGAAUCCCUUGCGGCAGCUUUUCGAAUGUUACGAGAUAAUCGACCAUCAAACCGUCGUAAACAAAGUAAAACAGCUGAAACACUGAUGAAUUUUAGAACACGAGUUAUUGAUCUUCUUGAAAUAUAUCUAGAUUCUGGGCCUUCAAUGGCAUUAGCACUAGAUAUGUUAACACCUUUAUUCGCUUCAUUAGAAUUUUGUAUAAAAGAUCAUCACCAAAAGCCUCUUGAAAGUCGUAUACGCUCUUGUAUAAAAAAGUUGUCAUCUAUGAAAAAGUUCAAAGAUACUGAUGGUGUUGAUGAAAAACUUUUAACUGAUUUAUUUAAAUUAUUAAUUGAAAAAGGGGAAAAAUCAACAUCAGUUUGUCAUGAAAUGGCUGAUAAAGUAGCAGAAUGUUGUACAUUUUUAAUUAGAUGUGCUCAACAUGUCAAUGUUCCAUCUGAAACUUUUAGCAAUUCUCUUGCUAAACAUUUAACUGCCUUUUUCAAAGAACGAGAUUGUAUUAUUUCAGUGUCUCUAUUUAAAAGUAUCUUGCAACUUAAUUGGGAGGGAAAUUGGAAAUUUAUAUUAUCACUUAUUGAUUAUGCAUUUGAUCGAUCAAUAAGACCCUUCAGGCGUGGACAAGCUAUAGAUCUUUUAAUUACAUUCUAUCGAAAUUCUAUAUUAGUUAAAAAUGAAGAAUACACUGAUUUAAGAAAUAAAAUAGAGAAAAAAUUAUGCUUAAAUUGUAUACAGCUAUUGGAAGAAUCAGUUAGACAAAAUGUUCCAAACGGUGAGAGUAAUGAAAACCAAAAUAAUGAAACCACUAAGGAAACUAAACAUAAAUUUGUUUAUUUAUUGUGGACACUUUUGAAUAUUAUUUAUCCUAUUCAUUUACCGAAAGCAUGGGAUUGGGAAAAAAUGGCAAAUGCUAUGACUGAAUUUAGAAAAUGCAACACUCUUUCAAGAGAUGCUAAAAAGCCAUUUAAUAAAUUAGCUAAAAACAUUGGUGCAAAUGUACAAGUUCAACCACGAGUGAAACAAGAAAAAAAAAGGAAAUUUUUGGUUAAUGGAGUCUGUACAAAUAAUGAAGACGAAUGUUUAGAAGAAUCGAUCGAUUCAGCGAACAACAAAAUAAAUAACAAAAAAGUUAAUAGAAAAGAAAACAACGAAUUAAUAAAGGUGGAAAAUCAAAGUAAAACGAAAAAUAAAAAAAAAUUAAAAACAUCUGAUCCAAAAGUAGAAGAAAAAACGGUAUUAAAUGAUUUAAAAACUGUUAAUUCUAACUCAGUUGAGUGUAAUAACUCCACAUUUAUAAGUGAUCAUUGUAAUAAAAAAAAUAAAAGUAAAAAACGUACGGUAACAGAAAGCCUCGAUGAACCUCAGAAAAGUAAAAAGAAAAAAUCGUUUAAACAACCCAAUCGACAAACGAUACAUUAAUAUUUUUUUAUAAAUAGUUUAAUGAUAUAAAAUAGCAAAAACUUUUUUAUGUUGUAAAACAUAGACAUGUUUCAAUUACUUGUACAUUGAUGUAUUUUUAUAAU